UUUUUGACAUGAUGAAGUGGCUCAUCGUCCUGACAGCCCUCGUGGCUUUCUCUGAAUGCCUUGUUAGGCUUCCCCUAAUCAAGGGAAAGACUGCCAGGCAAGCCCUGAAGGAGAAAGGACUAUGGGAGAAGUACAGGAAGCAGCAUCCAUACAACCCACUGGUUAAGUUCCUCCAGACUGGUACUGAGCCAAUGACCAACGAUGCUGACUUGUCCUACUAUGGUGUGGUCUCCAUUGGCACCCCUCCUCAGUCUUUCAGUGUCAUCUUUGACACCGGCUCCUCCAACCUGUGGGUCCCCUCAGUCGGCUGUUCCAGCCAGGCCUGCCAGAACCACAACAUGUUCAACCCACAGCAGUCAUCCACCUUCCAAUCGAACGGCCAGUCUCUGUCAAUCCAGUAUGGCACUGGCAGCAUGACCGGAUAUCUGGGCAGUGACACUGUUACGGUGGGCGGCAUCUCUGUGGCAAACCAGGUUUUUGGCCUCAGCCAAACAGAGGCUCCUUUUAUGGCUAGCAUGCAGGCUGAUGGCAUCCUGGGAUUGGCCUUCCAGUCCAUUGCCUCUGACAACGUCGUGCCUGUUUUCGACAACAUGAUCCAGCAGGGACUGGUGUCCCAGCCCAUGUUCUCUGUCUACCUGAGCGGCAACAGCGACCAGGGCAGUGAGGUGGUCUUCGGUGGUGUUGACAGCAGCCACUACACAGGACAAAUCACCUGGAUCCCUCUGACCUCUGCCACCUACUGGCAGAUCCAAAUGGACAGUGUUACCAUCAAUGGACAGACUGUGGCCUGCUCUGGUGGCUGCCAGGCCAUUAUUGACACUGGUACCUCCCUCAUCGUUGGCCCAACCAGUGACAUCAGCAACAUGAAUUCCUGGGUUGGAGCCACAACUGACCAGUACGGAGAUGCUACAGUGAACUGCCAGAAUGUCCAGAGCAUGCCUGAUGUCACCUUCACUCUCAAUGGAAACGCCUUCACCAUCCCUGCAACUGCCUACGUCUCUCAGACCUCCUAUGGUUGCAACACUGGCUUUGGCCAGGGUGGCUCUGACCAGCUCUGGAUCCUGGGAGAUGUCUUCAUCAGGCAGUACUACGCUGUUUUUAAUACCCAGGGUCCAUACAUUGGUCUGGCCCCAUCUGCAUAAUCAGUGAAGGCAACUGUGGAUAAUCUAUAAGUGUGUUUUCCCCUGUAAGGGCUUGUCCGAUUGAAGAUUCAAAGCAAAAAAAAUGGGAGAUUGUGGAAAGUAUACAGGUGAAC